AUGGCUUUCAAGUUCGUGACCUUCGCCGCUCUGGUCGCCGUUGCCCGCGCUGGACUCAUUGCCUCGCCAGCCGUCAGCUACCAUGCUGCCCCGGCUCUGGCCCCAGUGGCCAAGGUUGCCUAUGCCUCGGCGCCGUUGGUAGCCGCUGCCCCGAUUGCCAAGGUUGCCUAUGCUGCCCACCCCGAGGAGUACGACCCGAACCCGCAGUACUCGUUCUCGUACGGAAUCUCGGAU